AUGGUGUCCAACUGCAGUGUGACCAUUCCAGGGAGGCCUGGUGAGAACCCCGUGUUUGGGACUCUGAAGCAAGGCGGUGGCAACCAGGCCAGCUCUGGAAGCCCCGGGAAACUGCUGGACUACGCCCCCGCGGCGGCGGCCGAGAAGGCGAGUCCGCCGCCGCCCACCCUGUACGUGCAGCUGCACGGAGAGACCACCCGGAGGCUGGAGGCGGACGAGAAGCCACUGCAGAUCCAAAAUGACUACCUCUUCCAGCUGGGUUUCGGGGAGCUGUGGCGCGUGCAGGAGGAAGGCAUGGACGCUGAGAUCGGCUGCCUGGUCCGCUUCUACGCAGGUAAACCUCACAGCACUGGCAGCUGGGAGCGGAUUCAACUCUCAGGAAUGUAUAAUGUCCGGAAAGGCAAAAUGCAAUUGCCAGUGAACCGAUGGACGAGACGCCAAGUCAUCUUGUGUGGGACCUGCCUGAUAGUGUCAUCUGUGAAAGACAGCAUGACGGGAAAGAUGCACGUCCUGCCGCUAAUUGGUGGAAAAGUAGAAGAAGUGAAAAAGCACCAGCACUGUUUAGCAUUUAGCUCUUCUGGACCCCAGAGCCAGACUUACUACAUUUGUUUUGAUACUUUCACAGAGUAUUUAAGGUGGCUUCGACAAGUCUCCAAGGUUGCAUCACAGCGUAUUAGCUCAGUGGACCUCUCGUGCUGUAGCCUGGAGCAUCUGCCUGCCAACCUCUUUUACAGCCAAGACCUCACUCAUCUCAAUCUGAAGCAGAACUUCCUAAGACACAGCUCCAGCCUGCCAGCUGCCAGAGGGCUUCACGAGCUGCAGAGGUUCACCAAGUUGAAGAGUCUAAACCUUUCCAAUAAUCACUUAGGAGACUUCCCGUUAGCCGUGUGCAGUAUUCCAACCCUGACAGAGCUGAAUGUGUCCUGCAACGACCUGAGAGCAGUUCCCGCCGCCGUCGGUGUCAUGCACAAUUUGCAGACAUUUUUGCUGGAUGGAAAUUUCCUCCAGUCGCUCCCUGCAGAGUUGGAGAACAUGCACCAGUUGAGUUAUCUCAGCCUUUCUUUCAAUGAAUUCACUGACAUUCCAGAGGUGUUGGAGAAACUGACUGCCGUGGACAAGCUCUGCAUGUCUGGAAACUGCAUAGAGGCCCUGAGGCUACAGGCAUUAAGAAGAAUGCCUCACAUUAAACAUGUGGAUCUCAGACUGAACGUAAUUAAGAAGCUAAUAGCAGAUGAAGUGGAAUUUCUCCAACAUGUCACUCAGCUUGACCUGCGUGACAAUAAACUUGGUGACCUAGACGCUACAGUUUUCAACAACAUCGAAGUCUUGCACUGUGAAAGGAAUCAGCUGGUGACCUUGAACAUCUGUGGCUAUUUCCUAAAAGCACUCUAUGCCUCUUCUAAUGAACUUGUUCAACUUGAUGUUUACCCGAUUCCAAAUUACCUGUCCUGCAUGGAUAUUUCAAGGAACCGCCUAGAAAAUGUGCCUGAGUGGGUGUGCGAAAGCCGGAAGCUGGAGGUUUUGGACAUUGGCCAUAAUCAAAUAUGUGAACUUCCCACCAGGCUGUUUUGCAACAGCAGCCUCCGGAAACUGCUAGCAGGCCACAACCAGCUCUCGAGGCUCCCCGACCGCCUCGAGAGGACCUGCGUGGAGGUCUUGGACGUGCAGCACAACCAGCUCCUCGAGCUGCCACCCAACCUCCUGAUGAAAGCUGACAGCCUGAGAUUCCUGAAUGCCUCAGCGAACAGACUGGAAACGCUUCCCCCGGCCACACUGUCUGAGGAGACGAGCAGCAUCCUACAGGAGUUAUAUCUGACAAACAACACCCUCACGGAUAAGUGUGUGCCCUUGUUAACCGGGCACCCCCACCUGAAGAUCCUCCACAUGGCCUACAACAGACUGCAAAGUUUUCCCGCAAGUAAAAUGGCGAAGCUGGAAGAGCUGGAGGAGAUCGAUGUCAGUGGGAACCAGCUGAAAGCCAUCCCGACCACCAUCAUGAACUGCAGGCGCAUGCACACUGUCAUUGCCCACUCCAAUUGCAUUGAAGUCUUCCCUGAGGUCAUGCAGCUCCCAGAAAUUAAGUGCGUGGACCUGAGCUGUAAUGAGCUUAGCGAAGUCACUUUACCUGAAAACCUCCCUCCAAAGCUUCAAGACCUUGACCUGACUGGCAAUCCCCGCCUCUCGCUGGACCACAGAACCCUGGAACUGCUCAACAACAUCCGCUGUUUCAAGAUCGACCAGCCCUCAGCAGGAGAUGCCUCGGGUGCCCCUGCUGUGUGGAGCCACGGCUACACGGAAGCUUCUGGCAUGAAAAACAAGUUGUGCGUUGCAGCCCUGUCAGUGAACAACUUCUGCGACAACCGGGAGGCCCUGUAUGGAGUGUUUGACGGGGACCGCAACGUGGAGGUGCCCUACCUGCUGCAGUGCACCAUGAGCGACAUUCUGGCCGAGGAGCUGCAGAAGACGAAGCGGGAAGAGGAGUACAUGGCCAACACCUUCAUAGUCAUGCAGAGGAAACUUGGGACUGCUGGGCAGAAGCUUGGCGGUGCGGCCGUCCUUUGUCACAUCAAGCAUGACCCAGUGGACCCCGGGGGUUCCUUCACCCUGACCUCAGCUAAUGUGGGCAAGUGCCAGACAGUUCUGUGUCGGAAUGGGAAGCCGUUGCCUCUGUCCAGGUCGUACGUCAUGAGCUGCGAAGAGGAGCUGAGGCGGAUUAAGCAGCACAAGGCCAUCGUCACGGAGGACGGCAAGGUGAAUGGUGUCACCGAGUCCACACGCAUCCUGGGCUACACCUUCCUCCACCCCAGCGUGGUGCCCCGCCCUCACGUGCAGUCGGUAACGCUGACCCCCCAGGACGAGUUCUUCAUCCUGGGCAGCAAGGGCUUGUGGGACAGUCUGUCCACCGAGGAAGCCGUGGAGGCCGUGCGGAACGUGCCCGAUGCUCUGGCGGCCGCCAAGAAGCUGUGCACGCUGGCCCAGGGCUACGGCUGCCACGACAGCGUCAGCGCCGUGGUGGUGCAGCUCAACGUCUCCGAGGACAGCUGCUGCUGCUGCGAGCUGGGCGCCGGCGGGCCCGUGCCGCCGCCCAGCCCCGGCCUCUACCCCCCCUCGGUCAGCAUGGUCCUCAAGGAGCGGCCGGCCGACGGGCUGGGCGUGCCCUCCUCCAGCAGCGGCAUGGCCUCCGAGAUCAGCAGCGAGAUCUCCACGUCGGAGAUGAGCAGCGAGGUGGGCUCUACUGCCUCCGACGAGCCCCCCUCAGGUGCCCUGAGCGAGAGUAGCCCCGCCUACCCCAGCGAGCCGCGCUGCAUGCUGCACCCCGUCUGCCUGGCCAGCGCCUUCCAGCGCCAGCUCUCCAGCGCCACCUUCUCUAGCGCCUUCUCGGACAACGGACUGGACAGCGAGGACGAGGAGCCCAUAGAGGGCGUGUUCAGCAAUGGCAGCCGGGUGGAGGUGGAGGUGGACAUCCACUGCAGCCGGGCCCGGGAGAAGGAGAGGCGCCCGAGCCUGCUGCAGGUGCCGGCCGAGGCCAGCGACGAGGGCAUCGUCAUCAGCGCCAACGAGGAUGAGCCUGGGCUGCCCAGGAAGGCGGACUUCUCCACGGUGGGGACCAUGGGGCGCCGGAGGGCCAACGGCUCAGUGGCGCCCCAGGAAAGGAGCCACAACGUGAUCGAGGUGGCCGCCGACGCGCCUCUGCGGAAGCCCGGAGGCUACUUUGCGGCCCCCGCCCAGCCGGACCCAGAUGACCAGUUCAUCAUCCCGCCGGAGCUGGAAGAGGAGGUCAAAGAGCUCAUGAAGCACCACCAGGAGCAGCCGCCGCCGCCGCAGCCCGUGCCCCCGCCGGAGCCGCUGCCGGACUACUAUGACACGCCGCUAUGACCGGCGGCGCCACGGGCACCCGCCUCCCCUCUGCCCCCGCAGCCUCUUGUAGGAGGUCCUCUCCUGUUUGUCGGUUUUUUUUAAAAAUAAUGACCACUUCUCUUCUAGUGAUGCUUUACCAAUAUGAUUUACCACCUCUGUUAACCUCUUCCCUUAACAUAUCAAAAGUGUAAAGACAAAGAACAGAAGGCUUAAUAUAUUACAGAGAAACAGUAACGGUAAUGGGAUAUUUGUUAAAACGAUUUGUUCUGUUUGUUCGGAAGGCAGGGCAGGUGGCCAGUGCUACGUGACUCUCUCUUUUUUUUGUCUUGAAAACGAUAGAUGUUUGUAGAACACGGAGACUAACUCUUAGGAGUUGCUUUACUCUGUCAGGUGACAGAAGUCACUGGGAUCCACUAAUUUUCUCUGAGAGAACAGUUGAUUGAGACAUUUCUAUUGUAAAUAGCUCAGUGUUGUAUAGUGAUGCUUAAAACGUUUUGUAGUCUUGGCAAUGGCGUAAGGACACAGCCCAAACUGACAGCGUCCCUCCCCGUCCUUCCCCGCCCCCCACCUGGAACUCCUGACAGGGUGAAGACGAGCGGAGUAGCGCUGCUCCUCACCCGGGAACGCUGUCGGCCCCCAGAGGGGAACCCGCACCCGAGCCUCAAGCCCUCCCUCAACUUUGAGACACUUUUUAAUUGUGUCCCUUACUGCUGCCACAAUCAGCAUGACUGUCUAGGGUUCAACUAGAUCAUUUACAUACCAAGAGUUCUAUGAAAGCAGAAUGCACAAUAAACAGGUCGUACUUUUGUAAUAAUAAAUAUAAAAUUUACAAGUA